AUGUCAGGACCUGGUUUCAAUCCACAACAAACUCAAAAGUUUUUCAACUUACUAACUAAAGUGGCUUUACCCAUUGGGUUAUUAGUCACUGGUGUUGAUUAUUCCAUGUAUGAUGUUAAAGGUGGUUCUCGUGGUGUUAUAUUCGAUAGAUUAUCUGGUGUUAAGAGUACUGUAGUUGGAGAAGGUACUCAUUUCUUAGUACCAUGGUUACAAAAAGCUGUCAUCUAUGAUGUUAGAACUAAACCUAAGAGUAUUGCUACUAAUACAGGUACUAAGGAUUUACAAAUGGUUUCAUUGACUUUAAGGGUGUUACAUCGUCCUAAUGUUAAUGAAUUACCCAAGAUUUAUCAGAAUUUAGGGUUGGAUUAUGAUGAGAAGGUUUUGCCAUCUAUUGGUAAUGAAGUCUUGAAAAGUAUAGUGGCCCAAUUUGAUGCUGCUGAGUUAAUUACUCAAAGAGAAAUUGUUUCUCAAAGGAUUAAGAGUGAAUUGUCAAUGAGGGCCAAUGAAUUUGGUCUUAGAUUAGAGGAUGUGUCGAUUACUCAUAUGACAUUUGGUCCUGAGUUUACUAAAGCUGUUGAACAAAAGCAAAUUGCUCAACAAGAUGCUGAGAGAGCUAAAUUCUUGGUGGAAAAAGCUGAACAAGAAAGACAAGCCUCAGUGAUUAGAGCUGAAGGUGAAGCUGAAUCUGCAGAAUUUAUAUCCAAAGCGUUAGCUAAAGUCGGGGAUGGGUUAUUGUUGAUCAGAAGAUUAGAAGCUUCUAAGGAUAUCGCUCAAACUUUAGCUAAUUCUCCAAAUGUUACUUAUUUACCUGGACAAAAUCGUCAUAGUGGUAGUGGUACUGAUGGUGGUAAUUCAUCACCAAACUCUCUUCUAUUAAAUAUCGGACGUUGA